AGAGAGAGAGAGAGAGAGAGAGAGAGAAUGUCUUAUAUUUUGCUCAUAUGAAGUUCUAUUUAUACUAUACGUAUUUACUUGAGUGUGUGUGUGUGUGUGUGUGUGUGUGUGUGUGUGUGUGUGUGUGUGUGUGUGUGUGUGUGCUGCGAAAAAGGCCAAAGUUGAUGUGUUUAUCCCGCCGGUCGUGCUCUACUCGUACCUUAAUCCACUCAGUGACUGGUUACUGGUGGCAGAAUGCACUGGAUAUUGCUGAGGAAAUACAGCGGCGGCGACGACGAACAUCACACAAGGAAGCAAGAUACUGAGAAGAAAGCACUGGUAACGGUUCGCACGGAAAGGGCGAAGGAAAGGAAGGAGGCGCAGGCAAAGAGGAGGAAUCGUCGUUCCGCUGAUCCAGGCCAAAAUGAUCACUCGUUGCGAAUUGUGGCAAAGAUCGAGGUGGUGGAGGAAAAGGACCCCGAGGAGUUAGUGGUGGUGGGAGGCGACUGGCAUGGAGGGAAGGGUCUGGAAAGCGACACUGAGUACAUUGUGUUCAUAGUGACGGAGACCAGGGCAGGUCCCUACAGUGAAUACUUCUCGUGCAAGCCAAGGAUUAUGAGGACAGCGAAACGGCCUAAAGAGCCCGCUUUUCUGGGGAUGACCGUGGGCCUGUGUUCUGCUGCGCUCUUCCUCAUUUGCUUCAUUGCAGCACUGGUGGUGAAACUUAAGAAAUCAAGGUCUCUUGUUGUGACACAGGAAGCAGCUUCCGGAAAAGAGUCGUUGUAACCCAGUCAACAAGGAAGGUAAGGCAUGAAGAGAGGAUCAUGCGGACCAUAACUAAGGCCAGCAUUCAGAGACCCUUUGUUCUCUCACCACAGCGACUGAGGUACUGUCAAAGAAGACUACGAUAUGUUAAGACAAGUAGAAUCUACCUGCCAGAUACUAUAUAAUGGUUUAGGGAAUAGACCUUCUGUAUUAGAUAGCUAGUAUACUCAAUAAUUUUGCUCUGUAUUGAUAUCUCUGUUUCCUUAUUCUUGAAAUAAUGAAUAAAAUGCUCAGCAAGCUAUAUUCUCUGUUGUCCGUCGUAGCAAACGAUGCUGUUGUGAUUCUUUGCUCGAUGGAUUCUGUUACUACGAAACCGAGUCUUUUGUAUUGAUUCGAGUCUGUACUGGUGAUGGGCAACAAUAAACCUGGUAACUGCCA